CGGGCCAUCGAUUUUGCAGCGGGUAUACCCAGCUGGAUUUGCGCCCCAUAACGAUACUGCCAUCUGUAUCACAUCGUGCAACUCGCCCCUCACGCCUCAUAGGCCUCAUGUUCCGCCUCCGCCGCCCGCCAUUAGCUCCCGAUGAAAUCUAUUCAUCUGGGCUUGCAAUGCUCCACCAGGGGCACGCCCUCUGGUACCCAGAGCCCAAUGAGUCGGGCGAGCCGCAGAUCGGAGACGUUGGCUUCAUAGACAGAGGCGCAUUCAUCAGGCUGUUCAACUUGGACACCUCUGCACCUGACAAGAAAGUCUCAUUCUGGGAUCCACCAUUCGAGAUCACCGAGCCUCCGCCUCCAGGCGUGUUCAAGAUUUACCGCAGACAUCGUCCGCUUGUCCCCGACCACUAUCACAGUCAUGGAGUCGAGGUCAAGCAGAGAGGUGCCUCGGCCGGGUUGUGAGUGCAUCUGCU